UACCUGUGUGUGCAAAAGUGCUAUUAUGUUAUUAUAGAAGUUAUAAUUUUAAGAAAAUUGCAUCCGAAUAUGUACCGUCCACGUGCAAGGGAAUGUUUUAUAUUUUUUGCAGUAGUAUUUGGUGUAUACUAUUUCCUCUAUUAUAAUGAAGAAAAAAGUACAUAUUUUAUUCUGGAAGAAGAUGAUCAGGUUCAUUCUCCGGUCCAACAAGAAAUAAAAUACUGGAUCAAUACCUCCCAAUGUAGAAUACCAAAAACCAAUCCAUACAGCGAAGAUAUUAUUGACUUUGUUUCUAAAGAACCGUAUGAAAAAUGUUCGAAUAAAACUUUGCUAUCUUACAUUAACAAAACAAAUGGCAUUGUUACUUUACAUUUCAACCGAAGCGCACAAAGUGAAUAUAGUUAUUUAAGCAUAAAAUGCUGCUAUUCAAAUAUUACUAGGAUUAAUUAUGAAACAAAGAAAGAUACCGAAGUUAAGCUGACGGAUUGCGUUCCAUUCGAAGACUCAGUAGAAAUAAAUUAUCCUUACGUUAGUGUAAACUGUUCGACAAUUUUCAGUGAAGUAUACAGCAAUGUUCACGCUACCACUUUUUCAAUCUCUAAAGAACCUAAGAAACCUGACGGAAAACCAAAAUUUAGCAUUAUGAUGCUUGGAAUAGACAGCGUGUCAAAAUCUAAUAUAGUACGUACCAUGCCAGAGUGCUUCAAAUGGGCCGAAAGGAACAUGAUUAACCUAAAGGGCUAUAACAAGAUCGGUGACAAUACAUUUCCUAACUUGAUGGCAAUACUAACUGGGUAUAAUGUAGACCAGUUAUCUAAAACUUGUACCCGUCACAUGAAACAGAACCCUUGCGGGUUUAUCUGGGACAAAUUUAAAGAAUCUCAAUACAUAACUGGAUAUGCAGAGGACGAUUGCAAUAUUAACACGUUCCAUUAUGACCGUCCAGGAUUUUUAGAAGAACCCACAGAUUAUUAUUAUCGUCCUUAUUUUUUAGCAGCAGAAACUUUACAUGGUACUCUAUUGAGAAGGAAUAUGAUCUAUUGUGCUGGUCCAGAAACUUCUGGAGAAAGAAUACAAAAUGCAGCUAAAGAUUUCGCUGUUACAUUUAAGGAUGUUCCAUCUUUUGGACUGUUUUGGAGUAACAGUUAUAGUCAUGAUAAUAUCAAUAUGCCAAGUGCUAUGGAUAAGAAGAUGUUGGAACUACUGUCUAGCACUGAAUUUCUCGAAGCAUUAAAUAAUACCAUUUUAAUAUUUUUUAGUGAUCAUGGUUUCCGAUUUGGUGGUAUUAGAUUCACCCAUACAGGAUGGGUGGAAGAAAGGCUUCCUUUUAUAUAUUUCAGAUUUCCAGAUCUCUUUAAACAGACUUAUGCAGAAGAAUACAACAAUUUCAUAACAAACACAAAUCGAUUGACAUCACCCUAUGAUAUCCACAAUACUUUCCAAAGCAUAUUGAACAUUGGUAAUGAUUCUUACGUACCAUCGUGGAGUCAAGGAUGUUCCAGCUGUCAGAGUUUGUUCGCUGAAAUUCCAGAAAAUAGAACAUGUAAAGAUGCAGGUAUUAGUCAACAUUGGUGUACUUGCCAAGGACACACAUACAUCAAACAAGAUCAUCCCAAAGUAAUAGAAGUAUCAAAAUUUAUUGUAAAUGAAACCAACAACAUUCUACUUACAACUGAGGGGGGUUCAUUAUGCGCAGAAUAUAAUUUAAAUAAAGUAAUUAUCUCUGGAAUGUCUGAACCAUAUUGGAAUGAAAAUAAAAAAUACGUCCAUUUCUUUUUAGUGAUGCUGGAAACCAGCCCUGAGGCUAGCUUUGAAGCUACCGUCGAAGCUUCAUAUGAGGAAAUAAAUAAUAAUAUUUCUACAACUCAGAUAAAUAACAGUUUUAGGCUGUUAGGUGAUAUUAGUAGAAUAGAUAGAUACGGGCCUGUAACAGAUUGUAUUACAGAUAAUGCUUAUCUAAAGAAAUACUGCUACUGUCGUGAUAUAUUGUCUUCUACUUCUUCUUCCACUUCUACUUCUUCUACUCCUGCUCCUUCGACUUCUACUUCUUCUUCCACUUCUACUUCGUCUACUCCUACUCCUUCUACUUCUACUUUUUCUACCUCUUCUACUUCUUCUACUUCUUCUACUUCUUCUACUUCUUCUCCUUCUUCUACUUCUCCUACUUCUUCUACAUCUUCUACGCCUUCUUCUUCUUCUUCUUCUUCUACUUCUUCCACUUCUGAUACUUCUUCUACUUCUCAUACUUCUUCUACAUCUACUUCUCCUACUUCUUCUUCGUAAGCAAUUCUGCUUGUUCAUUGAGAGAAUGGCGAAGCCUGUCAUAUCUUUUGCGCGGUGGUCCGAUACUUCUUCUACGGACUGGUGAAUCUCUUGCUAUUUUGACUACAUGCUCUUUUCCCAUACUGCUUAUGUGUUUGUUCCAUUGUGUUUUCUGUUUUGUGUCCAUUUCGUUAUACACUGUAUGUUACCUUUUCUUUUAAUCUCUUACUCCCCUUUCGAUCUCGCCGCGUAAUUCUUCUCAUUACGCUUAUCUAUCGAUGGCUUAGUGUGAAACCCUUGUAUCUUAUUUUUUUUUCGAAAAUGACAUUUUGGUGGUUUUAGUUUGAAAACCUUGUAUCUCACGAUUUACAACUGUUAGAAAAAAUCCAAAUACACUAGACUAUUUUCUACAACCAAAAAAAGAUACAACGUAUAUCAAUUGCUCUCUUGAUUUAGUGUGAAUACCACGUAUAUUUAUAACCAAGACCUUGGUACUUAAUUUGGAGUAUUUGUUUGACAGAUUCGACUUGGAGAAAUGUUUUUUGUGAACAGUAAAAGGUAGUCCUGCAUACAGAAACAUUUUAUGAACCUUAAAUCAAAAGAUUUGUACUGUAUCAACCUAGUAUUUGGAGGUGUGCAAUAAGCUAUGAAAAAUGAAAACUUCGUAAAUAAUAAUAAACACAACCUCAUUUAAGAUGAAAAACACGUAUAUCAAGAUAUACGAGGUUAUCAUAGUCACUUGGGCAAAGGCUCUAUAUACUGCAAGGAUAUUUACGUGUUUUUCAUAGUUAUAAUUUGUAUUAUCAAUUUAAUAGCAACAUUUAACACUUUUAGCUCUAGGCCAAUAUCAGAUAUUUGUCUCAAUGUGCUCGAAUUAAAAAUAUGUAACGGUAAUUUUUGUUUUUAGAUUAUAUUAUGCAAAAAAUCAGUUUUUUGUCUCUCCUGUAAAAUUGUAAUUUAAUGAGAUACGAGGUUUUCACACUAAGCCAUCGCUAUGCGGUUUCCAGUAGCCUUUGUGUAGUGGCUGUGUCACUUCAGUUCUUUGUCCAGCUCUCUAUAGCUGAAGAGUGUAGUUCCAAGUUAUUUUAGUUCCAUUACUUUUUCAAUAUUGAUGCCAUCGAUUUCUAUCUUACAUCUGAUUGGUUCUUUACUGAAAACUAUUAUUUUAGUUUUCUGAGUUGAAAUUGUCAUAUUAUUGUUUUGCUCUUAUGUUAAAUCUGUGGAAUAGUCUUUGUAGACUCUCCUCAUCUUGGGCUAUCAAUAUUGCGUCGUCUGCGUCUAGUCGAGACGUUGAGAGGUGACUCAAAUUUUUUUGCAGAAAUUGCUUGAAAAUAAAUCAAAUAAUAAUAUUUGAGUUAUCCUCCCUCUCAA